CUAGAGAAGAUUUUCGAACGAAGAUUGUGCCUGCGCGUAUCGAAAUGUACACAGUUCAGGAGAUGGAUCGCAACUUGCGAAACGGCCUUCGCGCUGCCCUCAACCAUGUUGAAUGUUACAAGCCUCCGAGGUCUCCUUUAGUAACCACGCCGUGUCAUCUGCCAAAACGUGAAAAAGAAGUGGAGCCUGCUAUUGUUAAUAAGGGAGCAAAUUUUUUUGAGAGACUUCUAGGCCGCCUCGGGUGUAAAAAACGCUCCUUGCCGCCAGGUGAUCAGGUGCUGUCCUCCCGUAAGACGCCAAGGUUCUUGGAACAACAAUGUCUCGAAGAUUGCCCAUCAGAAAGCAACGGACGAGAGGAG